CUAAAUAGUAGAUGGAUGGAUAAAUGGAAAACCGUUGACACACUGUCUAUUAACACUGUUGUUAAGAUUAGUAACUUUGAUAUUUCCAUCACAGCAAUGGCAGACGGAGAAUCAGCCGGUGGAAAUAGAGGGGGUUUUCGUGGCGGGUUUGGUAGUGGCGAAAGAGGCCGCGGCCGUGGUAGAGGUCGAGGAAGAGGCCGCGGACGUGGUAGAGGCAGAGGAAAGGCAGAGGAUAAGGAAUGGAUGCCAGUCACCAAGUUAGGUCGUCUGGUGAAAGACCGCAAGAUUAAGUCUCUGGAGGAGAUAUACCUUCACUCUUUGCCAAUCAAAGAGGCUGAUAUCAUUGACUUCUUUCUUGGGCCAUCUCUGAAGGAUGAGGUUCUUAAAAUCAUGCCUGUUCAGAAGCAGACAAGGGCUGGUCAACGAACUCGAUUUAAGGCUUUUGUUGCUAUUGGCGAUUCGAAUGGACAUAUCGGUCUUGGUGUAAAAUGUUCCAAGGAGGUUGCAACAGCCAUUCGUGGCGCCAUCACCCUGGCAAAACUCUCCAUCAUUCCUGUCCGUCGUGGUUAUUGGGGUAACAAGAUUGGUAAACCUCACACAGUCCCUUGCAAGAUUACCGGCCGAUGUGGUAGCGUACUUGUACGCCUUAUUCCUGCGCCUAGGGGAACUGGUAUUGUGAGCGCUCCAGUUCCUAAGAAGUUGCUUACUAUGGCUGGCAUUGAAGAUUGUUACACCUCUGCAACAGGCCAGACUGCCACCCUUGGUAACUUUGCCAAGGCAACUUUUGAGGCCAUUGCAAAAACGUAUUCGUAUCUGACACCCGACAUGUGGAAGGAGACUGUAUUCGUCAAAUCACCGUACCAGGAGUUCACCGACCACUUGGCCAAGACCCAUGCUGUUGGAAGCGCCCAGCCAAAAGAGCAGAAGGUUUAAAAUGUAAUCUUCUACAAGAUGUUGCAAAUACAAUUAACCUCUCUUUAAGUAUUUGUUGACAACAUCAGUGAGGUCCUAUGCACCAAUCACACUGGCACCAAUAGGACUGAUGAUGAUGAUGAUGAUACAUGAUGAUGAUGAAAAACUGAAAAAUGAUUUGAAUAAAGACACAGUUCUGUGAUAUUCAAAUAUGA